UGACAAUUCGAGUCAAAGAAAUUUUUAGAUUUGAGGAUAAAUAACCUAAAAGGGACGAUAAAAUACAAAUAUUUAUAAUAAUUACAAAAAAAUUGUAUUGUCUUAAUUAUAAAUUUAUUUUAAUAAAAUGGCUGAAGAAAUACAGAAAAAAUUACAAAAAGAACUUGAAAUUUAUAAUGGACUGCAAAAAGAAUAUGUCAAGGCAGCCGCGCUAAAGCAACAAUUAGAUAGUCAAUUAAGUGAAAAUAAAGCAGUGAAAGAGGAAUUAAUUCUCCUUAAAAAUGAUAGUGAAGUUUACAAGCUUAUUGGACCAGUAUUAGUAAAACAAGAUUUGGAAGAAGCAAAGCAAAACGUUAUAAAGCGAAUGGAAUAUAUAAAUAAAGAAAUAAAAAGAACGGAUGGACAUAUAUCGGCAUUAGAAAACAAACAAGAAGCUAUUCAAGAAAAUCUUAAUAAACUCAAAAAUGACUUGGGAAACUUGAAAAUCACAGCCUGAUUAAUAUUUUGUAAUAAUUGAGAUUCUAACAACCUAAUCUAUAUAGAAAGCUUUGUUUACUCACUUUUCAAAGGACUGUAUGAAAAUAAUUAAAUUUGAUGGACAAUGUUAUUGUUAAAUUAAAAAAAUAUAUAUUACAAUGUUACUUUAUAAUGAUUUAUAAUCAAGUUGAUUUUAGUACCGGUCUUUCAUUGGUUAUUAACACAAAAGAAAGGUAUUAUUGUGAAAACUCAAGUAAUGUAAGAAUUAAGAAUAUUAUAUCCAAUUAAUAUAA